AGCGCAGCAGGCAGGCAGCGGUCCGGCACUUGGUCGGUAUGUAGCAGCAGCGGCGGAGCUUCUGCCUGGGAGUACAAAGAGGGGAAAACGCGCCUUGGGUUGAAAAUAGUAGCGACGGGAUUAAAAAUAAAACCACACGAGGAUGAGACACGCGCCGUCCGCCUGAAGGAGAUUAAAACACGCCGUUAUUCCGCUAAUUUAUCACCUUUUUUCUUAUAAAAAUGGCGAACGACUCUCCGGCUAAAAGUCUAGUGGAUAUAGACCUGGCAUCCCUGAGGGAUCCUGCUGGGAUUUUCGAGCUGGUGGAAGUAGUCGGAAAUGGUACAUAUGGACAAGUCUACAAGGGUCGGCAUGUUAAGACAGGACAGCUGGCGGCCAUCAAGGUCAUGGACGUCACGGAGGAUGAAGAGGAGGAGAUUAAGUUGGAAAUCAACAUGCUGAAGAAGUACUCCCAUCAUAGAAACAUAGCCACCUACUACGGCGCCUUCAUCAAGAAGAGUCCUCCAGGCCACGAUGACCAGCUCUGGCUGGUGAUGGAGUUCUGUGGUGCCGGCUCCAUCACAGAUCUGGUGAAGAACACCAAGGGCAACUCGCUGAAGGAAGACUGGAUCGCCUACAUCUCCCGAGAGAUCCUUAGGGGAUUAGCUCACCUGCACGCUCAUCAUGUCAUCCACCGUGACAUCAAAGGACAAAACGUGCUGCUGACUGAAAAUGCUGAAGUCAAGCUGGUGGACUUCGGUGUGAGCGCCCAGCUGGACCGGACGGUAGGUCGAAGGAACACCUUCAUUGGGACGCCAUAUUGGAUGGCUCCAGAGGUCAUCGCUUGUGAUGAAAAUCCUGAUGCUACCUAUGAUUACAGGAGUGAUCUGUGGUCCUGUGGAAUCACAGCCAUUGAGAUGGCCGAAGGAGCUCCUCCUCUGUGUGACAUGCAUCCAAUGAGAGCCCUCUUCCUCAUUCCCAGAAACCCUCCUCCUCGACUGAAAUCCAAAAAAUGGUCAAAGAAGUUCUUCAGCUUCAUUGAGAGUUGCCUUGUGAAGAAUUACACCCAGCGCCCUCCCACUGAGCAGCUGCUGAAACACCCCUUCAUUCGGGACCAGCCCAACGAGAGGCAGGUCCGCAUCCAGCUCAAAGACCACAUCGACCGAACCAAGAAGAAGAGGGGCGAGAAAGAUGAGACAGAGUAUGAAUACAGUGGCAGUGAAGAAGAGGAGGAAGAAUCAUCUGAGCAAGAAGGAGAACCAAGUUCCAUAGUCAACGUUCCGGGCGAGUCGACCCUGCGUCGUGACUUCAUACGCCUGCAGCAGGAGAACAAGGAGCGUUCGGAGGCCCUUCGGCGCCAACAGCUCCUUCAGGAGCAGCAGCUCCGUGAGCAGGAGGAGUACAAGCGCCAGCUGCUGGCUGAGAGGCAGAAACGUAUCGAGCAGCAGAAGGAGCAGAGGAGACGACUGGAGGAGCAACAACGACGCGAGCGCGAGAUGAGGAGGCAGCAGGAGCGCGAGCAGCGCCGGCGUGAGCAGGAGGAGAAGAGGCGCAUCGAAGAAAUGGAACGACGCCGCAAAGAAGAGGAAGAGCGCAGGAGGGCCGAGGAGGAAAAGAGGAGGGCCGACCGAGAGCAGGAGUAUAUCCGUCGACAGCUGGAGGAGGAGCAGAGGCACCUGGAGAUCCUGCAACAGCAGCUCCUCCACGAACAGGCCAUGCUUCUGGAGUAUAAAUGGCGGGAGCUUGAGGAGCAGCGGCAAGCUCAGAAACUUCAGAGACAGCUGCAGCAGGAGCAGGCCUACCUGCUGUCCCUUCAGCAAAACCAGAACCUCGACAGUAGCAAAACGGCCCAGCAACAGAGCACCAAACCCCCACAGAACCCCGAACCCGACAGGGUAAAGCCCCUGCAAGCCCCCGAACAGGAAACUACUAAACAACCACAGAACCCUGACUUUGAGAAGACACGGCCCAGUCCAGGCUCCAGUCUGGAAAAAACUACAGAAACCAGGCUGCCUGUGGCUGACCUUCAAGGCCCUCCCCCUGAUUCUGAGCCAGUCAGAGAGGCUGAUGAGCGAUAUCGGAAGAACAUCCAGGGUUCUCCUCAGUCGGCUCAGACCAAACCACAACAGCCUCCGGUGCCGCCACGGUCCGAGUCUUCAUACCCCAAUGGGAACUCUGCUUCUGAGGCCAUGCACCGGCCUGUGGAACCACAGGUCCGUUCUCAUCUGGCUGCUUUAAAGAGCAGCAGCAGCGUGGCCUCUUCAAACUCCUCCACUUCCACCCCGCCUGUCGUGUCACGGUCGCAAUCCUUCAGCGAGCCGCUUGGCCCUAGCUUUGAAAAUCUUCACCUUCACAGCAGCCAUGAAUCCCACCAUCACCCUCCAUCAUCAUCAUUAUCAUCACUAUCAUCUUCAUCAUCAACGCCUGCACGCACUGACCCACAACCCCAUCCCCAGCCUAGGCCCUCGCCCCAUGAACCAGCCCCUUCACAGGAGGUUCCACCCAGGGUUCCUGUCAGGACUACAUCAAGGUCCCCAGUGUUGCCAAGGCGAGAGUCGCCUCAUCACCAUGGCAACGCCGCACACAGCAGCCAUGCUGCGCAACACAGUGUUGCCAGUGCAGCGGAGCCUCGGCUGCUGUGGGAACGAGUGGAGAAACUGGUUCCCAGACCAACCAGUAAUAGUGGCAGCGGAGGCUCCAGUUCCUCCAGCAGCUCCAGUAACUCCAGCUCUCAGGCCGGUUCUCACUGUGGCUCAGGAGAGAGGUUCAGGGCCCGCUCCUCUUCUAAAUCUGAGGGUUCACCCCUCCAGCGGCCCGAGAAUGCUGGGAAAAAACCAGAGGAGAGGAGGGACGCGGUGAGGCCGAACAGAUCAGCGGACCUGACGGCUCUGGCCAAGGAGCUGCGUGCAGUGGAUGACGUUCGCCCCCCAAAUAAGGUGACAGAUUAUCCUUCAUCCUCCAGUGAAGAAUCAGACACCACUGAUGAAGAUGAUGAUGAAGAAGUGGAUCAGGAGGCAGGUGAAGAGUCGACCUCUGGCCCGGAAGACUCCAGAGCUGUUUCUUCCCGGCUGAGUAACGGAGAGACAGAGUCUGUGAAAACCAUGAUCGUCCACGAUGAGGGCGAGAGCGACGCAGGCACAACGCCAUGCAAGGACAGCACGCUGAUUGUCAGACAGAGUGCAGGUGACAACAGAAAGCGUACGGGCCCUGGCCCAGGCCAAACGCAGAUACCUGGCAUACAUGCAGGCUUUGCCCCGAGCCCCGGCUCGGUGUCAAUCCCGGGCCUUGUUCACCACACCCCCAGCCCCCACCACCACCACCAUCAUCAUCAUCACCCCAUACAGCAUUCGGACAGGAAUGGCUUUGCUGGUCGCAUCCACCAUCUCCCAGACUUGAUCCAGCAGAGCCACCAUUCCUCCCCUUCCUCCUCUGCAUCCAACUCCCCUUCCUCUUCCAGCCUUGCCAGUCCCUCCUCCAUGUCCCCACAGAGUCCCCUGGACAAGCUUGGCAUCCUCACAGAGAGCCAGUCUAGUAACAACAUGCAGAAACACAAAUCUUCUUCCUCCUUCACUCCGUUCAUUGACCCACGCCUCCUCCAAGUCUCUCCAUCCACCGGCAGUGCCCUCAACAAUGUCGGCUAUGGGAACGAUGCCCGGCUGGCAGAGGCGCUGAGAGCAGAUCCAUCCCGGAAGGGCUCCGUGGUCAACGUUAAUCCGGUCAACACUCGUCCUCAGAGUGACACCCCAGAGAUCCGCAAAUACAAGAAGAGGUUCAACUCUGAGAUUCUGUGUGCCGCACUCUGGGGAGUGAACCUAUUGGUGGGAACAGAGAGCGGCCUGAUGCUGUUGGACCGCAGUGGUCAGGGGAAAGUUUACCCUCUGAUUAACCGCCGACGCUUCCAGCAGAUGGACGUCCUGGAAGGACUAAAUGUUCUGGUCACUAUAUCAGGUAAGAAGAAUAAGCUCCGCGUGUACUACCUGUCCUGGCUGAGGAACAAGAUUCUGCACAAUGACCCUGAGGUGGAGAAGAAGCAGGGCUGGACAACCGUAGGAGACUUGGAGGGCUGCGUCCACUACAAAGUUGUGAAAUAUGAGAGGAUCAAAUUUUUGGUUCUGGCCCUGAAGAACUCAGUGGAGGUCUACGCCUGGGCACCUAAGCCGUACCACAAGUUCAUGGCCUUCAAGUCUUUCGGCGACCUGGUGCAUAAGCCGCUGCUGGUCGACCUGACCGUGGAGGAAGGUCAGAGGUUAAAGGUGAUCUAUGGCUCAUGCUCAGGCUUUCACGCCGUGGAUGUCGACUCUGGGGCCGUCUAUGACAUCUACCUGCCCACACACAUCCAGACGAGUAUCCAGUCUCACGCAAUCAUCAUCCUGCCCAACACUGACGGCAUUGAACUGCUCGUGUGCUACGAGGACGAGGGGGUUUAUGUCAACACCUACGGACGCAUCACUAAGGACGUGGUGCUGCAGUGGGGGGAGAUGCCCACCUCAGUGGCCUACAUUCGUUCGAACCAAAUUAUGGGCUGGGGGGAGAAGGCCAUUGAGAUCCGCUCGGUGGAGACCGGCCAUCUGGACGGCGUCUUUAUGCACAAGAGAGCUCAGCGACUCAAGUUCCUCUGUGAAAGAAAUGACAAGGUGUUUUUCGCCUCUGUACGGUCUGGAGGCUCCAGCCAGGUGUACUUCAUGACUCUGGGCCGAAGCAACCUGCUCAGCUGGUAGAGGUCCACACCCAGCCCUCUUUCUCCUCCUUCUCCUCAUCUUCCUCAUUGUCCUCCACCCUCUCUUAACACUGGAUCUCAGAACCCACCAUUGAUGUCUUGUCAGCCCUCGGACAACCAAGCGAGAACAAACACAGCAACCAACCAGCCCUUUGGAGCAGUCGACAGCAACGCCCUGUAGCUGCAGCCUUGCUGGAUCCGCCUGCGACGCAGCGACAGCCGGUCAAGUAGUCGCCCCUUCUGAAAAACCCGAAGCGACGACUUACAAACGUACAAAGUGAAAUCAAAGGUUAAUAUAUGAAAGGAAGUAGUAAUACAUUAAAUGUGAAUUCAAGAAAAAGGGGGCGGGGGCAAGCAACGGUUUGUUUCCUGUUUCCCUCUCAGUUUUCUUGGUGCUCAUCGAAUCGCGAUGGGCUAGAUUUUGUACCUCUGCAUCAUUUCCUGGGUUGGUCAGUAAGCUUGAGGUCUUCUACUAGUAUUGCUACCGCUAUUGUUGCUACUACUGCUACUACCUUCUGCAGGUCUGCCUCUUGUAAGGGAGUCCCUUUCUGCCCCAUGUUCCCACCAUCUGCCCCUUCUUAUGAGUGUGGGGCUGGUGGGGUCAGAGUGUGUUGUAUUAAUGCUACAGUAGUGUGUGUAAAUGUACUUCUGUUUGGUCCACCUACUGCUAACAUGCUGGUUAGUGACUGUCCCCUGACAGACCACUGAGCUGGAGGCUCAGUGACAAGCAUUAGCAAGGGACCUAAUCUUUAAGGUUUUACCAUAAGUCAGGUUGAUAGGACUCAAACAUGAGGGCGUGUGGUUGAAUGGUUGAAGUGUAGUGUUGUAUCGGACAGCCGCUUUAAAAAAGGGAGGAUGGAGCGAGAGUUGGUGUAGGAGAUGGAUUUCAGGAUAGUAUUUUUGGAGUCAUUAUUAUUCCUUGAAGAUAAGUGUAACUAUGUGGAGUUAAACAUGUCUUUAACCUUGUUUGGGUUUUUUUUGCUUUUUUUUUUUUUU